AUGGGAGAAGGGAGCUGGAUUCCAGUGAUCCGCCAGAGGAAGGGAGGUGGAGCGCACAGUUAUGGGAGGAUUAGUACUGGUUUGGUCAAUGUCUUCGUGGAUAAUGUACCGUUAUCAAUGGAUGCAAAAGCUUUGUACAAAAUUUUUAUGAAGUUUGGAGUUGUAAAGGAUGUGUUCAUUCCAUUCAAAAGAAGGAGGGCAACAAAUUCAUGGUUUGGUUUUGUUAGGUAUGAUUGUGAAGUUGCAGUGAAUAUAGCAGUUCAGAAAGCCAAUGGAUUAUGGAUUGAUAAUAGAAGAUUACAAGUGAAGAUUACGGCUUAUGAUAAAGGCAAAAAAGAGGAACAGACGAGGAGGCGAACUUAG